AUGAAAAAUGUUCUCUUUAAUGGUCCAGUGAUCCCAGAGAUUGACGCUGGAUAUAACGUUCAGGUGAAUGGUAUUAGUGUUAACUUUCUGAAGGAUCCAUUUUGCUUCAGAAAUGCUGUGAUAGAAAAUGAACACUAUAAAAAUAAAUUAUUAUAUAAACAUUUUAAUGAUAAUAAUGUAAAUAAAAAUAUAACCAAUAAUAUAAAAAGGAAAAAUAUAGCUGAAUUGGACAAAGGAUUUAAUGAAUAUAUAAAAGAUAGAGUGAAUAAUACACAUGUUUAUAUCAAAAAAAAAAAUGAACCUGAUUACAAUUUAAAUGAUAUAAAAAGUCCUAUUUAUAAGGAAAGAAUAAAAUAUACACCACAAAUUAUUGAAGUUAUCAGAACAAAUUAUAAUGUACCACAAAAUGAAAAAGUAAAGAUAAAUAAAGAAAAUUUAAUUUAUAUGAAUAAUAUAGAAUAUAUAAAAACAAAUUAA